GCUUUUAUCCUUAGAAAGUAUCCAACCACGACGUCGUUCAAUGCAGCAGACAACCCACCGCUUUCUGAAAAGCCCUCUUCCAGCAAAGACUUCCCCCCUGCGUCUUAAACGGACCUUAACUUUGUCCCCUUCCUACAUACAAAAUCCUCUCUCUCUCUCUCUCUCUCUCUCUCUCUCUCAUAGGAGUAUAAUAUUCCCUCUCUCCUCCCAACAAAACCUGCUCCCAUUUUCAUUCUCAUUCUCUCUUAUUUUCUCCCUUUCCCACUACACUCUCCUCUCUCCACUAAUAAAAUCCACCUCACAAGCAAAACUCAGCACAAGGUAAACCAAAAUGCCAUCGUCAGACUCAGGCGACCGCCGCCCGGCGCGGCCACUGCACGGCGGGACCCACCCGCCGGAGACAGAACAGCUCCCCUGCCCUCGCUGCUCGUCCACCAACACCAAGUUCUGCUACUACAACAACUACAACCUCUCCCAGCCCCGCCACUACUGCAAGUCCUGCCGCCGCUACUGGACCCGCGGCGGCACCCUCCGCAACGUCCCUGUCGGCGGCGCCACCCGCGCCCACAAAAACCCCAGCAACAAACGCUCUCGCACCACCACCGCCACCUCUUCUAACUCGAGCCACGACCCGUUACCUGUCGACCCGAUUACCCAAAUCCACAUGCCGUUGGAUUCCGUGGUGAACCUGAACGAGAAGGUGCCCGAGGCGGGGGGUUUCGCGUCGCUCUUGAAUCUGAAUGGGGGCGGGUUUUUUGGUCUGAGCGGGUACGGGGCUGGGUUCCGUGAGAUGGGAUUUGGGGUCGGGCCGGGCAUGUGGCAGAUGGAGGAUGUUAGCGGUGAAAAUGUCGGCGUUGGCGGCAGCGGCGGUGGUGGUGGGGCGGAGGGUGGUGGCAACAUGUGGCAGGUAGGGGGUGUGGAAGGAGGGUUGGGCGAUGGGAGUUGCUAUGGCUGGCCGGAUCUUGCUAUUUCCACGCCAGGUGAGGGGCUCAAGUGAGAAAAUCUCUGCUGAUCUGAGCUUUUUCGAGAAAUGGGAGAAAAAGGGGUUAAGCUUCUCUCUCUUUCUGGUUUCUUUUUGUUUUUUUUUUGCUCUACUUGGUUGCUGAUGCUGCUGUUUUGUGAGUCUUUUUUUGGGGGGUGGGUACAAAAACAGGGGUUAUUUACGAAUACUAGUCUACAUUUUGGAAGAUUUUGGAAUAUCGGAAUGUUACAAAUGGGGUGGGAUUUUGGACGAAUUUGGGGACUCUCUGUAAAUGUAAUGGUCUGUUUGGGAUAGGCAAGUUUAACAAACCAGUGUUGGUUUUAUUUGCAUUAAUAUUAUGGCUACAACUCACUUUUUGUU